AUGAUGCACGAUCUUCCCACGCCAGCACCGUCGUCGGAUCCUCCCAUGGCCGGAUCGUCGCCCGUCAAGGCAUUUAAGAAAGAAAAGGCACUUGCAUCGGCCCAGUCACGCCCCUUGACGCCACUUGAUCUCAACAUUGCCGGAUGCAGGGCCAAAGCAUUCCAAGACGCGAGAGAAAAUGCCGGCGCUACGCCUCCUCCCUCUUCACCUCCAGCUUCAUCCGUUUUCUUCUCGUCGCCGAUCGCGCCGACGCAUCAGCGAGCGCUUGGACUUUCUCCUGUCAAGCAACAGCGUCUUCUCCCAGCAUCCACCACUCCUGUUGGAAAUCUUGUUCUUGUGCAGAGCCCAGUCAUUCUUGAUCGAGCAGCCUCGGACAACGAUGCACAGACCCUGGGGCUUGUCGAGAAUCCAGAAUGCGAGGCCGAUGCGGAUGCAGUGUCCAAUCUUCUCUUGGGAAACAAGAAGGUCAGCUUGGUCAUUGGUCGAUCCAAGCCCUCUGGUCAGCCUCAUGCUUCCAGUGCGUCUUCAGUCGCCGAUAUUCCUACCUCGAUGCAAGGGCUGGGAUCCAAGAAGAUUCUACGCGUCAAUCUGCCUAAUGAGGCGCGCCACGUCUCGCGCAUUCACGCCAUCGUCGAAUGGAUCCCUUUUAUCACGCGUCCAGUUUCAAACAGCAAGGCCAGCGCUUCGAGCUUUACUCCUAAAGGCUCUCCUACCGCUUCCAAGCUCGCGACUAGGAAUGCUCCCGAUGCCACCAACUCGCAUGGAACCUUCAUCGUCCGCGUCGUCGGUCAGAAUGGUCUUAUCGUAGAUGGAAAACGGCGUCGCGAGGGCCAAGUGUUGCGGCUUACAUCAGGCAAGACCCUGAUCGACUUUUUCGGUGUCAAGUGCCGCUUCCAGCAUGUUCCCUCAAGGGGCGAACCUCAACCAUCUCCGCUCAAAUCGAUGCAGACACGCGUGCAGGAGUGGACACAGAGGAUCACAUCGCCCGUCAAGAAAGGAAAGGCCUCAUCAUCGGAAGAGAGGAGUCGAAUCGAGGCAAGCGUUGCCACUAGCUCACCUCCUGCGAGCUCGCCACCUCGCAUGUUUGGUCUGGUUUCGCCGAGCAAGCGCAAAGCUGUUCCCAAGCUGUCAACGCAGGCAGGCGAUGAGGAAGAGGUGGAGGACGAGAUCACCAGCUCACCCACCCCGGUCAAUCGUCACAGCAGAGGUCUGGUAGCCGGUCCACUUAACGACCGACGAGUACGAGCUGGCGACAGCGAUCAGGAAGUAGGUGACGAUGGUAUCGGUCCGAUGGACGAUGACGACGAUGACGACGAUCAAGACGACGAGAGCGACGAUGAAGAUUAUAUUCCUGCCGAGCGCGACGCUACCCCCAAAACGCUGCUGGUGACUCGUAAGCCCGCCACCGACGUCGUUGCGGACAAUGAUGACGACAGCAGCUCUCUUUCUGACCUUGAUUCAGGCAUCGUGAAUGAGCAGAUUGGCAACUCUGGCGUUGCCCCCCAGCAAGCACCAGGAUCGCCUGCAUCAGCUACACGAAGGCGUGCAACUACGUGCGACAGCAGCAACGCUGACAUUUUGUCCAAACCAACCGUGACGGAUGGGCUUACCGAAUCUCAGACGAAGAUGCCUCCUCCCGCUGCCAGCCUCGCCAAUGUUCGCAGCGCCGCACGAAGGUCUGCGAGCAACAGCCCAGCACCUAGCUCUCCCAUGCUCGGCUCAUCGGUUCAAGAGCUGCAAUCGCUUGCCCGCAACUGCGUCCGACAGCUUGCCCCCACCUACGAUCUUCCGGGACUUCUUGCUGGAGCGAUUGUUUUCCACCGCACUGCCACCAUCAGUGCUUCGGAGGCGGUACGAUCGGUACUCACCACCACUCCUAGCCUGAUGAGAGGCGAAGCGGGCGAGCAUUCUGUUGCUUUCAGUCCUUCUAAGCGAAAGCUUCCGGGCGCCGCUACUUUGCAGCACGGCUGCGUGGUCGAAGGCUGGCCCAUCAGCAGCGACUCGAACGAGCGGUGGGCCUCGAUUGCUCGCAAGGCGUGGAGGGAGCAUCUUGAAGUGGUGCUUCAGUCGUCUCCGAUGUUCGGUGUCAUCCAACGUGCCGGUAAGGAUGCCUCGGGCAACCCCCUCGAAUGCUGGUACUAUUACGACAAGGAGAACGACCCCGACAAGGAACGGGCCGAGAACCUCGGUGUUUUCGCUAAGCCUAUGCGGAAGGCGCUCAAAGGGCAGAAGCCUAUCUUCUGGAAACGCAGCGGCUACGCUUCGCAUCAACAGGAUGACACGUUCGAGAUCAAAGAUGUUUCCGAUGUCACCGCUGCAUCCACCGCAUCGCGCAAGAUGAACAACGAAUCGAUCGACAUGGCCAGCGCGCCGCUGUCCUCGUCGUCUAUUAGCAGCAGCCGAAAGAGGAAGGCGAACUCUCAGUCGCAGAUCGAAACGCAGAGUGGCGACAAGGAUGUGGAUGCCGCCUCUGUCAGCCAGGCUGUCAACGACGAAGAGAGACGCCGCGAGAAGCUGCGUGCUAAAAUCGCAAAGAGCGGGCUGUGGGACGAGACACAGCCUGAAGAGAAGGAGGCUCCCACGUGGGACCGAAAGGGCGAUCAAGAUUACAAGAAAGGUCGCAAGUAG